AGACCAGCCAGUCAGGCUGCUGAAUAUUUGAUUUGGAUUACAAAAACAACGCAAGACAACUCUGCAUCUGGAGCACAUGCAGGAAACAGAAGACAAUGCAUUCAGGAGGGGAUGCAUCAUGUGCUCAUUGCUACACUGACGAUUGCAUAGGACUUCUCAAGUGGGAAAUCAUCUUCAAAAUAAUUGGCUGUACCUUGAGUGAAACCCAAGGUGGUUUGUGAAACUUUUCUGGCAUUUGUAUUGCCCUUUUGUGAAUGGUUGAUCAUGAAAUGGAUCUCACCUCCUUCACCUAGCAUCUAAAAAGCUUAAGAUUUCCUUCCAAAAGCUUCUUGGCCAUUCUGCCUGACCAGCAGGAUCUUUAGCUGCAAGAAUUGGGACAAGUUGCUGUAACAGCUAUGGCAAAUUGACGGGAAGCAGAGUGGGCAAAGAUGGAGCGACAGAACAGCGCAAAGAGUCGGAAGUCAAAAACGCUGCGCUCCAUUUCACGGUCCCUCAUCCUCUGCAAUGGCAAGAACAGCGAUGACGGAUCGAGCCCAGAUGAGAAGCACCCCAACCCCUUCGAGACUCAGGCCAACUGGGGUCAAGGGGAAACGGACUACUGCCCUCGGCUUCAAUUCGCGUGUGCAUCGUCAAGUGGGGAUGGUCCUCCCAACCCUUUUAUGAUCACCAGCAUGAGGCAGCUGAGGGCUGACGUCAGCGAUAGUUGCAAGAAUAUGAAGAGAAAGUUCUUCAUAAAGGACAGCUGCAUUUGGAAGCUCUGCAUAGCCACAGGGAAUGAUGGGCUGGGAAUUCAAGUCUCCAGGACCCCCAACUGCUCUGCUUUUGGAAAAGAAUUCACCGUCACCCAUUUGAUUGAUGGAGGAGCUGCCCAGAGGGACGGUCGUCUAAGCCCUGGUGAUGAACUUUUAAUGGUGAAUGGACAAUCUCUUAAAGAGCUCUCCAGCAAAGAAGCAGAAUCCCUCAUCCGAUCAGCAAAAGGCUUGGUGAAUUUAGUUGUUGCUAACAAGGAAUCCUCAGUCUGCUCUCGCAAAGAACAACGUGUGAAACAGGACAUACAGAAUGGCUCCAUUCUACAGACAAAAGCAAAAUGUCAGAGGACUCGCAGUAAUUCAGCCAGUGUGAGUCCAUACUGGAUAGGGGAAACUGACAGUCCCAUGGCAAAGAAAUCACCCUCUCGAUAUAGACAGUCCCAUUCUCUUUACAGCAACAGGAAGUCACUCUCUCAGCAGCUGGACACCUCGGCAGGAAGAGCCCCUGUAAAUGUAAGAGGAAAUCCCCUUUCCAGGUCUUCACGAUCGCUGAGUACUGCCCAACUGAUGCAUGCAUCGUGUAGUUUGCAAGCCUCUGUAAUCUCCAAUAUUGUUUUAAUGAAAGGCCAAGGGAAGGGCCUUGGUUUCAGCAUUGUGGGCGGUAAAGAUAGCAUUUAUGGCCCCAUUGGCAUAUAUGUGAAGACAAUCUUUCCUGGCGGAGCUGCUGCUGCAGAUGGAAGGCUGCAAGAAGGGGAUGAAAUCCUGGAACUGAAUGGAGAAUCAGUGCAUGGACUUACACACUAUGAAGCUCUGCAGAAAUUCAAGGCCAAGAAAGGUCUUCUCACACUCACAGUCCGGACAAGCCUCAGUACGCCACAUUCUGCAGCUAGCUACUUGUCAUCCCAUCUCUGCCGUUCCCUAAGUACCAGUAUGUGCAUCACCAAGGAGAACAGCUCCUUUGGCUCAGAAAACACCACUUUUCCCUUGAAUGCUGCCAACCCCAAUGACAGGAUCAUUAUGGAAGUUUCUUUAAAUAAAGAGGCUGGUGUGGGUUUGGGCAUUGGAUUAUGCAACAUCCCUUAUUUCCAGUGUAUUUCAGGAAUAUUCAUCCACACCCUCUCUCCGGGGUCUGUGGCUCACAUGGAUGGAAGGCUCAGGUGCGGAGAUGAAAUAGUAGAAAUCAAUGAAGCAUCAGUUCAAAAUAUGACACUGAAUGAGGUUCAUGCAGUCUUAAGCCACUGCAGUCCUGGAACUGUGCAGAUUAUUAUCAGCAGGCACCCGGAUCCACAGGUUUCUGAACAGCAGCUAAAGGAAGCUAUUGCACAAGCUGUGGAAAGUGGCAAGUUUGAAAGCGAGAGGUACCAGUGGCGCACCGAAGGUGUUAAAAGCCUGGAAAACAACUGGCAUAAGAGACCUCCAUGUGAAAAGUACUUGGAGAGGAAUAAUGUUCGUUUGAGCCAUCGCUCCCAAAAGCUAAUGAUCCGCUCCAGCAGCGACAGCAGUUACAACCCUAAAGCAUUUUGUGGAAAUGGCCUGGCUUACCAGCUGACUGAUAUGAAAGCAAAAGGACAUAGUAUUGAUGCACCAAUUACAAGACAGCCCAGCUCCUUGUAUUCUUCCUCCAGAACUAGUCUGGAGAAGGACUCCUCCCCGCCGAUGCUUAAAGAAGCUGGUCACUUCUCACAAAAUACAAAAAGGUCAGCAGAGAUCCUUGUUAGGAAACCCAGGUCAUCAAAACCGAAACCUCCGCCGAGAAAGUAUUUCAAGCAAGACUGCGCCAACAAUAACCAGACAAGCAGAGAAGUGAAAGAGGGGCCAAAACUGCAUGGGGAUGGCAGCCCACCUUCUUCAAAUGCUCAGGAAGCAGAAGCCCUGCUGCAGCAGAGAAAUAAGGCAGUUGUCACUCAUGGUGCCUUUGCGAGCUCUUUAGUACCAAGUGCUUUGGACCAGUCAGAUGUUUCUCUAGGAGCCGCAGAUCAAGAAAGAAAAUCCAGCAAAGGGAAGACUCUUUCAUCUGCUCAAAGGCCUGCCCUCAGAAGACAAGCAAGGUUAGAUUAUAGCCUUGAGGCUACAACUGAAGACCCUUGGGUUCGAAUUUCUGACUGCAUAAAAAGCCUGUUUAAUCCCAGCAUGUCAGAAGGCAGCUGCCCCUUAAACUUGCACCCAACCAUGGACCCAAAUGAUGAGAAUCAAACCUCUAGUUGCUCGGAAGUGGCCCUGCAGAGAUCAGAUACGGACGAGGCCGAUUCAAAGGCACUCAGGUCGUCAGAUGAAGGAGACUUUGCUAAGAAAGGUCCCCCAGUAGCACCAAAACCAGCCUGGUUUCGUCAAAGCCUAAAAGGGUUGAAGAAAGGAAAUUCAGAUGCAACAGCCCCAAAGAGUGCCACUGAGCACCAGAGCGCGUCCGACAAUGAACUGGGUUGCACUUCGAAGAUAAUUCGAGGCUCACCUAGGGGAUCAUCAAUAAAGCAAAGAAUAAGCUCAUUUGAAAGUUUGGCCACUCCCCAGUCUCCUGAAAAAGGAAACAGAAAACUUAGCCCAAAGCUAUCGACCGAAAAAGACAGAUCUUCCAACAGAAUGGAGCCAAACUCUGCUCCAGUUCAUCUUAAACAAGUCCCUGGGGACAACACUGACCAUCAAGGUUCUGAAAGCCGCCACCUUCAGCCAUAUCUAGAUGCAGCUGGCCUAGAUUCAUCACCUUGCUCGAGAGAGGAAUAUGCCCUGAGUCCAAAAACAAGUAGCAGCACCCCUGCUGAAUCCUUGCUGACUUUGCUAUCAUUGCAAGGCACAGAUCCCAACUCACAAGUCACAAAAGCCCCAAGCCAAAGGGCACGGAGUUUUCCACUUACAUCGGGACAGUCUUGUGAGAUGCUGAAAAUUGACGGAGAAAAAUACAGCAAAAUCUAUUCCAUCAGCAGCCGCUUCUCGACGGCUUUAAUGAAGUCAUUGCAUUCCCUUCCUCAGUCCCCUCUGUGUUCUGGGAAAAACCCAUGGAGGUCACAUGAUGGGUCGCCAAAGCCCCACACAGAAGAAAAUGGGACAACUCUCUUGCACACAAAUGAAGCUCUUUCUUCAGACACCGGCUUUUCUCUUAACCUCUCAGAGCUGAGAGACUACAAUGCAGGUUGGUCAGACAGCGAAAAAGAAGAAGGCAAAAGGGAACAGUCUUCGCCACAAUCUUUGGGUCCGUCCGGACAGGCGGUCAUCUCUCUGCUCACCCCUGAAGAACUGGAGAAGCUUAUAGAGGAGGUGAAGUCCUUAGAUGAGGCAACGUUAAAGCAACUCAGUGACAUUCAUGUCACAAUUCUGCACAAAGAAGAAGGCGCCGGUCUUGGUUUCAGCUUAGCCGGUGGAGUAGACCUAGAGAACAAAGCUAUUACCGUUCACAGAGUUUUCCCCAGUGGCCUAGCAUGCCAGGAAGGAACUAUUCAGAAAGGAGAUGAAGUCUUAUCCAUAAACGGGAAGUCUCUAAAAGGCAGCACUCGCAAUGACGCACUGGAGAUAUUGCGGAACGUUCGGCACCCAAAGCAGGCAGUCAUUGUCACGAGAAAGCCCAGAGAGGGUGAAAGAAGCCUCGAUGCAUCCGUUGGGUCCUCUGCAUCUAUAGGAAGUGAAACUUCAAAGGCCUCUACAUCCGAAGACCUGAUCUUCACCAUUAUGUUGGAGAAGACAUCUGCCGGUUUAGGUUUCAGUUUAGAAGGAGGGAAAGGCUCUAUCCAUGGAGAUAAGCCCAUCAUCGUCAACCGACUUUUCAAAGGGGUAGCAUCAGAACGCAGCCCCACCGUUCAGCCUGGAGAUGAGUUACUACAGGUGCACACAAACCUGAUGCAAGGACUCACCCGUUUUGAAGCCUGGAACCUCAUCAAGACGUUACCUGAUGGGCCUAUUACGGCUGUCAUCAAGAGAAAGAGCUCCAUCAGCAAAACAGCUGAAUCUCUACAUGGACAAGAAUAACAGUAACUAAAAAGAGACCAACCUGAGCAAGUCCCUGAACUGCUGCCCAUUUUAAACCAGGAGCAAAAAGCUUUCAUUCAUCACCAUAGCCUCAGCCGGUUCAAGUGCCCAUCACCAGAUGUUUGUUGAAAGUUGGCCAGGACUGAGAAGAGGCAUAUGCAAAAUGCUCACUUGUUUGUGGUCUCAGUAUUAGUAAAGCAGCUGCCAUGAGCUGUACACUAGUUAAAACGAGGCUUUUUUAUCAAACAAAAUCAGCUUUACAGAAACCUGUAAAUCAGCUUGGUGGUGGAACAGACGCCAUGAUUAAUUAAUGGGCCUCGAUUGCAUCAUAAGUCAAUCAAGCACAUCGCUCGCCCACCCUCAUCUAGCACGGAGAAAUGGUGCAAUGGUGCAUGGAAAUAGUUCUGGACACGUGGACUCCCUAGAUGGAUGGGAACUGCCUGUACAGGCUAGAUGCCACAUAUAGACAUGAGGCAUUCUAUGUGGCCCCUCUCUUGUGCUACAAGAUGUGGAAAGCGAGUGCACAUUUCUGCCUACUUUUCAACAUAAGACUGGAAUACACAACCCUACCACUGACGGGCUGCAUGUGGAUUGUGGGGAUACCUGGAUCAGGGGUACAACAUCUUUUAACUCUGUUCCAUGUUGUCCAAAUAAAUAAUCAUUGUUUUAAUCA